AUGGAUCGACUGAAGAAGGCGAGGACUCCUGUUCGAGCUUCGAUUACAAAGACAAUUGAUGGAGCAGUUGCUGAGUUGGCGAAGGAUCCGAAGGAUACAAUGGAACUUACCAUCAGGCUCAGAAAAUUGCAAUCUCUGCAGACGACGAUCAGAGAACAUGAUGAAAAAGUGCUCACCCAGAUGUUGGAUGAUAACUGUACGGCGGAGGCUUAUACGGAAGAAAGUGCAGCGAAUGAAGAAUAUUCAGACAAAAUCAGUGCAGCUAUUUUGAAAAUUGAAAAGGUUCUUGAUGCAGAAAUCCGUCCACUAAGCCCAAGUCCUGCCAGCAGUUAUACCACAGCGAACGGUGAACGUGUAAGAAGAAAUAGGACUUUUAAACUUCCCAAGAUUCAACUUCAGAAAUUCAGCGGUGAUACAAAGGAAUGGCUGGGAUGGUGGUCGCAGUUUAGGAAGAUCGACGAAGAUGAUGAACUACAUGCAAGUGACAAAUUCCAGUACCUACUACAGAGUACGGUAUCUGGGUCAAGGGCACGUGGACUGGUCGAAAGCUUCCCAAUGACGACAGAAAACUACCCAAAGGCCGUCAUCGCUUUGAAGGAAAGAUUUGGGAAAGAGAAGUUCCUUCAGCAGGUGUAUGUGAGAGAACUACUUCGGCUGAUUAUCACAACCGCAAAAUCAAAGGAAGUAGUCGUGCUCUCCAAACUUUAUGAUGACAUUGAGACUCAAUUAAGGGCAUUGGAGUCUUUAGGAAUUAAGGCGGAGCAGUCGACCCAGUUCCUGUUUCCUAUGGUGGAAUCCUGCCUCCCAGAAGAAAUCCUACUCGUUUGGCAAAGAAGUCCUCUUCGCAAACAAGAUGGGUCACAGCUUAACCCGAAGAAAAAUGAAUUGGAUUUUCUAAUGGAGUUUCUUCGAGAAGAAGUGGAGGGCGAGGAGAAUAGAAAGCUGGUGCGAUCCGGUUUCGAUGCAGCCAUCAAGGGAAAGGAAAAGAACAAGAAGAAGGGUCAAUUGGAGAAGAAUGAAGAAUUCCCCACUGCUGCCGGUCUCUAUUCAGGUCAACAAGUUGAACAGUGUGUUUUUUGUGGAAAAUCUAACCACAAAAGCCAGAAGUGUUUCAAAGCGCAGAAGAUGCCACUCGAGGAGAAGAAGAUCCUAGUUAAAGAAAAUAAGGGAUGCUUCAUCUGCCUAGGAAGGGGCCAUAUUGCGAAGAAGUGUAAAGCGUCGGUGUCAUGUCGUGUGUGCAAGAGUAAUCAUCAUGAAGUAAUGUGUUCUCAAGUCGAGAAGGAUGAUCAACAGGACAACUCGUACACAUUUAUUUCCACCGAUGCAUCUCAAACAAACAUCCAAUGCCAGAGUGAUGUUUUGUUGAAGACAGUGCUAGUGAAAGUCGGCUGUCAAGAAAAGAAAGAAGAUCGUGUUGUCAGGCUGCUUUUUGACGAAGGAAGUCAAAGAAGCUACAUAACCUACAGCACUGCAAAAGCCAUCAGAAGUAAGCCAAUGGGAUCAGAAUUCUCCAGAAAUGUGCUGUUCGAUGGUUCCGUUACUGAUGUUGGGCAAGUUUAUAAGCAUCACAUUUUGCUCAGAAGUCUGUACGGAAGAAAUCAAGUCAAAGUGGUUUUGAGAGAGAAGCCAAUUAUUGGAGGUAUAGUGCCCAGAGUUCAAAACGGUCCAUGGAUUCAAGAGUUGAAAGCCAGGGGGAUCUUGCUCUCGGACUAUUCUCGUCAUCAAGUCGCCGAACCAGACAUCCAAAUUCUAAUAGGAAGCGACCUGUGGGGAAGCAUCAUGACAGGAAGAAUGAUCAAGUUACGAUGUGGGCUCGUCGCGUGUGAAUCAGUUUUUGGAUGGAGUCUGAGCGGUCCAGUUCCAAAGUUCAAUAGUGUGCUGAAUGAAUCGAUCUCAAUGUUCACGACUGAAGAAAACGUGCAGGAAAUGUGGACAUUGGAAGCACUCGGCAUUAAGGAUCCAAUCGAGGUGAAGUCGAAGUUGGAUCAAGAAUUAAUAGCGAAGAAGCACUUUGCAGAGACAGUAUCUCGUCAAGCUGAUGGACGUUAUUCGGUUGGCUUACCAUGGAUUGGUGAAGAGAAUAUUCCCAACAAUAGGAUGGUGGCAGAGAAUAGACUCCAGUCAACAACAAGGAGAUUACUAAGUACAGGAAAGUUUGACGUAUACGGGAACAUUUUCAAAUCGUGGAAGGAAGAGGGAAUAGUGGAGGAAGUAAACGUGUAUCAUUUGGAUGACUUAAACUGCCACUACUUGCCCCACCAUCCCGUGUUCAAGGAAAGUGUGACGACCCCGGUGCGACCUGUAUUUGAUGCCUCUUGCAAGACAAAAAGAUAUCCAUCAUUGAAUGAUUGUCUUCACAAAGGACCUAAUCUAAUGGAACUCAUCCCGUCAGUUUUACUCAGAUUUCGGGAGAAGAAGAUUGGGGUCGUCUCUGAUGUUAGGAAGGCGUUUCAAAUGAUAGACGUACAGGAAUCCGACAGGGAUUAUUUGAGAUUCCUGUGGUGGGAGGACCCUGCCGGAAAGAAAAUUAAAAUUUACCGUCACUGUCGAGUUGUGUUUGGUGUUAACUGUUCACCCUUCUUGCUUGCAGCAGUCGUCGACAUGCAUCUAUCAUCAAUUGUGGAUGGACGACAAGAAGAAGCCCUGAAACUGAUGGGAGCACUAUACGUGGACAAUUGUGUCACGUCAGUCGACAGCGUGGACGAGUAUGAAACAUUCAAAGUGACUUCAACCAAGAUUAUGGAAGAAGCGAAGAUGGAGUUGAGACAGUGGGAAUGUAGUGUUGUGGGGGUUCCCGGAGUCGGCUCGCCUGCCAUGAGUGGGUGCGGAUUGGGAGACGGCAACACUGACACUCCACAGGAGUCAAGAAUACUCCCUACAACAAUGGUACUUGGUCUAAUUUGGGACAAGUAUGAAGAUACGCUGUCAUGUGACAUAAAGAUGGACAAUCUCCCGGAUAAGUUGACCAAGAGGAGCGUGCUGUCCAUGGUUCAUAAAGUGUACGAUCCCAUCGGUUUCAGUUGUCCAGCCUUAAUAAAGCCGAAGAUGUUGUUACAGAAGGCGUGGAAGAGGAAGACCGGAUGGGACGAACCAUUACCUAUGGAGGAGGCGAAGGAAUUCAAGAAAUGGUGCGAGGAGCUACCUCACCUAAAAUCAAUUCACCUCCCACGGUUUAUGAAAUUAGAAAGUACACGUGUAUUGCAGAUGCAUGUGUUUUGUGAUGCGAGUCAAGAUGCAUAUGCUGCUGUCGUGUUUCUUCGCAGCGAAGUUGGGGAUCAAGUGGAAAUAAGCCUCCUUCAAGCAAAGGCAAGGGUGGCUCCUUUGAAGAAACCAACAAUUCCAAGACUCGAGUUAAUGGCUGCGUUAAUUGGGGUGCGACUUUGUGAAUCUGUCAAGAGUGCACUCAAUUAUGAGACCAUCCCCACUACAUAUUGGAGCGACUCAACCACCGUGCUGGCGUGGAUUCGAGGUAACGACAAUUGGGGGACUUUUGUUGGAAACAGGGUACGAGAAAUUUGCACGUAUACGGAUUCUAAUAAAUGGAGACAUGUUCCGGGUCUUCUCAACCCUGCUGACCUACCAUCACGAGGAUGCAAUGCCAGAGAAUUGCUACAGUCAGGAUGGUGGAUGGGGCCUGAUUGGCUCAAAGAAUCAGAAGAAACUUGGCCUCACUCAGAUGAAGUUAUGGACGAGGAGGAAAUUAACCAAGAAAUGAAGAAAUCCAGCAGUGUUGACUUGGCUGGUACUACCGCCGUCGAGAUAAUUCCAGAUCCGAGAUUCUCUACCUACGUGAAGAAUGUUGCAGUAGUUGGCUGGCAGCGUCGUUUUGUGGAGAAUACUCGUGUACCAAAAGAAGACAGGAUCAUGAAGAAUUAUCUGACAGUCCAGGAAUUAAGAGAAGCUGAAAUAGUGCUGCUGAGAGAAAUUCAGGCUAGCUUCGUGGACAAAUUCCAGACUGGUGGCGGAGUAAAAGUUCAGAAAAUGGAAGAUGGACUUUUACACGUGAAGACAAGACUACUGAAUCGAAUUGAUUCUGAAGAGUUCAAGAUGCCGAUAUUACUCCCAAAAUCCCAUCCGAUGGUGCUGCAAUUGAUUCGAGAUGCACAUCGGAAUUAUUGUCAUGCUGGUGUUCAGUUCACCAUGGGGAAGUUACGAGAGAAGUAUUGGAUCUUGCAAGCUAGGAAGACGAUCAGAAGUGUCAUCCAUAAUUGUUCCACGUGUAGAAGAUUCGAAUCAAAGAAGGUCGAGGUUGAAGAAGCUGCUCUACCAGAGAAGAGGGUCGCUGCGACCGAGCCAUUUCAGACGACAGGUGUUGACCUGGCUGGACCACUAUACCUUAAAGAUGGAUCGAAAGUGUGGAUCGUUUUGUUUACGUGUGCAGUGUUCAGAGGAAUACACGUGGACUUGAUCACCUCCUUGAGCACGGAAGCAUUUUUGGAAUCUUUGGAAAGAUUCAUUAAACAAUGUGGACGUCCCAAUACAAUUUAUAGUGACAAUGGGACUAAUUUUGUUGGAGCCGUCAACCUCUUCAAGUCACUGGAUUGGACCAAGAUCGAGAAAGAAAGUCAAGUGAAGAGAAUCCAGUGGAUCUUGAACCCACCCACAGGAGCGUGGUGGGGCGGAUGGUGGGAGCGACUUAUCAGAUCAAUUAAGGAUCUUUUGAAGAGGAUGCUGGGUCGAGCCAGGUUGACCUAUGACCAGUUGAGGACCUGUCUUUCUUCCGCAGCAGCCGUCAUCAAUAGUCGUCCACUGACAACCGUGAAUGAGGAUGAAGACGACCUCAUUCCUUUGACACCAAUAAUGUUCAUGAGAGGAGCAUUAACGUGUAAUUUUCCUGAAAGUAUGGAAAUUGGAUCAAGAGAGUUGCAGUCUCAUUACAAAAGAACAAGGAGACUACAACAAGACCUUCAAGCAAGAUUUAGGAAGGAAUAUCUCGGUCAAUUGGUCCAGAAAGCUAACGAGAAGAAAGCACGACAACUUCAAGUAGGAGAUGUUGUCUUAGUCGGUGCUGAUAACAAGAAGCGUUUUGACUGGCCGAUGGGGCGAAUUUUUGAGCUUAUUCCAGGGAAGGACGGAGUGUGCAGAGUUGCGAAUGUCAAGACGUCGAAAGGAACACUCAAGAGACCACUGCAACGACUCUAUCCAUUGGAAAUCGCUUCCCCUACGGCAGCCGCUUUACCCAUUUCAAGACCCUCACUGGACUCCAAGAAGAAGAAGCAAGUCCAGAAUAAACCGGAAGUUGAUACUAUCGAUGAAGAGAUAGGUAGUUCUUUUGCUCUCACAAAAGAAAGUGGGAGGAUGUUAAAUGUAAAAUAA